GAAUAGUUAGCAAACGCAAGAGUUCUAGGGAACUACCGAGGGAUAGGUCGCAUCAGGAUCCCUGUCCACAUCCUUCGCUACUCCUGCCUUACAGCCUACAUUAUCUGACAGGGCUAACACUUACGAUGGCGGACAGUGGUAGCUAUGUCCCGGAUGAUCUUGCUGUAAGCCGGUUGCAAAUGAUGGCUCACUGUGACGAGGCCCAGGCCCGAUUCUUGUUAGAGGCAUCUGGGGGUAAUUUGGAGCUUGCUCUACAGAUGGCGAUUGAAAACUCUGCCUUGGGAGGCGCCUACGCGGAACCCUCCUUAGGCCACCGACCAGACCCCACCAGGGGCGGCCCCUUCCCUGGAGCCGCCCCGUCCCUGCCAUCGCACAACGCCCCCCACGCAACCACGGCGGCAGCAACCGGCGGCGCAGUGGUACCCCCCCGACCCCGCGCACCUAUGGCACGCGCACCAGCACCCCCAGCAGGCGCCGCCGUCGCCGUCGCCGCCGCCCCGCUGUCACUCAUAACCUUCGUCCUACGCAUCCCGCUCUACGCCCUGGGCCUGGGCUUCCGCCUCAUGCGCUACACCGCUGUGAACGGCGUGCAUGCGGCCGCCAUUGUGGGCGACCGGGUGCUGCCGGUGUCGGUCAUGCGGGCGGCUCGUAGCGCUGCGGCGGCGGCGGUGGCGGCCGUGGGAGGCGGGGGCGGUCCCGGAGGUGUGGAUCUGGAUCCCGCGGGCCAGGCGGCGUUGUUCGUUGCGACGUUCAAGUCGUUGUACGGCGACAGACACCCCCGGUGGCAGGAGUGCGGGUGGCGGGUGGCGUGUCAGCAGGCUCGGCGGGAGUUCAAAUUCCUGUUUGUGUACCUUCACUCUCCGGAGCAUGAGGAUACGGACGCGUUCUGCCGUACCGUCCUAACGCACCCGGACGUGGUGGACUACGUGAACCUGCACUGCGUGUCCUGGGGGGGCGAUGUGACGGCCAGCGACGCAUUCGUGCUCUCCCAACAAGUCCAGAUGGGCGUCACUCGCUUCCCCUACGUGGCGCUCCUCAGCUCAGCGCCCGGCGACGGGGGGCGGCUGCAGCUGCUGGCGGCCGCGUCAGGGCCGGACGUGUCGGCCCCGGGGCUGCUGCUGCUGCGGCUGCGGGCGACGGUGGAGGCGCAUGGGGUGCUUCUGGCGGCGCAGCGGGCGGAGGUGGAGGAGCGGGAGUUCGCCCGGCGGCUGCUGGAGGAGCAGGACGCGGAGUACGAGGCGAGCCUGGCGGCGGACAGGAAGCGGGAGGCGGAGCGCGCGGAGGAGCGGAAGCGACAGGAGGAGGAGGAGCAGCGGCAGCGGGAGGAGGAGCGCCUAGCACAGGAGGCGGCGGCGGCGGAGGCGGCUCGGGUGGCGGAGGCGGCGGCAGCGGUGGAACGGCGGCGGCAGGCGGCCCGCGCUGCGCUGCUGCCGGAGCCGCCCGCGGGCGCCGAGGGCAGUGCGGCCAUCCGGCUGCGGCUACCGGACGGGAGCCACACGUCCCGGAGCUUUCCGCAGGGGGCGACGCUUAAUGCUGUGUUCGACUACGUGGAGUCUCUGGACGCCAGCAGCUACCCGCGCUUCCACCUGGUGUCCAGCUACCCGCGCAGGGUGUUCCUGCGGGCGGCGCAUGGGCCCGCGCAGCUGCAGGAGCUGGGGCUGGUGCCGCAGGCCGCCCUCUUCGUGCAGCCCGAUGAGUGAGUGGGUCGUCAGCACCAGGUCACGGCUCGCAGUCGUAACGCCAACCGCAAUGUGCCGGAGUGUUCUGUUCCGUGGAAGGGAUGCCUCAUUAGGCAACACCACCCAUGGGGGUUCCACCUGCCGCCGCAGGAGGGGCUGUGCAGCAUGUAGUGCAGCAGCGGGCUGAGGGGUAGGUAAGACACAAACCGGUGCGGGGAGACUUCCAACUGAAGGAAUGCUCAAUACAACAUAGUCGUCGGGUAGAAGGGCUUUACGCAUGGGACUAUAUUGUUACUGCUAAUGCAAACGGAGGAAGAUGGAGCAGUUCCAGACAGGCAUGUACCGGUACGGCACGCAGGCUCUGCGUGGAGGCAUGAGUACGACGAACUGUUUUGGUCGGUCAUGGCGUGCGGGUGACGGGCUGUGUAGGUGGUGGUGGGUGCAUACGGAUCUCUUCCAGGUAGGAAGAAGUUUAGCAGGGGCAGAGGAGGCGCCGCAUGCCGCACAUUGGGGUGACACUGGGGUGGCUGAUGAGGAGAGCCGGCAGGGGAGCAUGUGGUAGGCAGCACCGCACCACGCGGUGCGGUGCUGGUGGGUGCGGGAAGAGGACAGCUGGGAGGGCAGAUGAGGGCAGCGACUGAGUGCGGCAAUGUAGCAGCGGGGGGGGCUAUAGGUAGACGAAGGGGCUGGGUGUAGGAGGACCUGUACUUCCCUGACGGACUGCACUGACAGGCAGGGGUGUUUGUACUCAAGGCCCCACAGCUGAGGACUGAGGACAGCGCAGGGCUGAUGGUUUGUGUCGUCGGAAUUUGUUUUCAGAUGCGGCGCUGGUUGGUGGUGAGCUUUUAAUCCUAGGUUUUGGUUGCUUAGCACACAGUUGGUGUACUCUUCCUUCGACCUCCCAUGACCUCCCAUGACACCUUGCUAAGUACAAGCUGUAGUAUGUCG